AUGCGCAAGAUACUGAACGCGGGACUCCCAAAUGCACUUCUGGGAACAGCCACGGCUCACAUCGCCGCGUCCAUGCCCGUGCCAUGGGACGAGGACUGGCACAGUGCAGUGGAGGGCCCGAGCUCAGAGCAGGAGGGUCGCGACCGUCUGGAUGAUUCCAGCGACCCGCAAUCCUCCGACCUCAUGGACAUGAGCCCGCGCCGUGGCCGUAACUCGCCAACCAGGACCGUCGAAAUGGCGAGCCCUUCCUCCACACGUACAAUCCCGAGCCCCGUUACCCACCUCGGCGAUGCGAAUACACUUGCAAGCCCCAGCGACAUGUCCGACAUGAGCACGGGCUCGAUGCCGUUCGCGCCCUUACCUCGAGAUGGGGCCGGCAGCCCGACACCUGGAAGCUCCACGCGCUUGCGUGCGCGGCCGUUGGCGAGCGGGAGCCCGGGGCAACCUGGUGGCAACAGGACGAGCCGUCUACAGAGACUCAAUGAACAUGGGGAACGCUUUUACCCCGAGGUGCAGGAUCUUGAGCCUGAUACUGAGGAGGAUACGGAAUCCGAAGAAUCAAAGGACUGA